GAUCUCAUCCUAAAAGACCAGCUCUUCUUCGUCCCACUCCUCUCUGACCUCGCAAAUACCCCUGAACCCAUCCAUCUCCAACUCUUUGCCAAAACCCCGAUAUCCACUACUCCGGCCACUGCUUUCAGUGCAAAUGCUCCAAUUGGCACGGGACGCGCUAUCUCCCAAACCUUGCUCGCAGAAUCAGGUACUACCUGCGUAUCCGCCGCUUCGGCACGCCAAUCCCUCGCCGCAAACCUUCUCUCUGACUUCGACACUGUGAACUCCAUCUGUGCUAAAUACAACAUGAUGGCCGCCCUAUAUUCGCUGCCCGACAACCGACUUGAAAGCAUCGAGUGCGGAAUGCGGGGCAUGACUAAUGUUACGGAAUCAGAGCGUUGGAGUCGGAAGUGGCAUUUGAGGGAUGUAGAUGGGGACUGUGAACUGGAAGCGAGGAUUGAAGCAUAUCUUUUGGAGACUGGGUUUGAGGAGUUGAGAGAGUGGAUUGGGUGUGUGGAGGUGGGGUUGGGAUUGGGUUUCGAUGAUAGGAGAUGCUGGGCGGAUGUGUAUGCGGCGGCGGGAGAGUUUUUGAAGAUGGCAUACGAAGAGUAG